CCCUGUACCUCAUAUCGACCGGUCCAACACAAGUGGAAAGUCUGAUGGCGAGCCUUGUCCGAGUGUUAUUGCGAUACAAGGGUCCAUCUUCUCUUGUCAUCCGUUCAUCUAUUACGACACGACAUUACGCUGCGAUGUCGGGUUUACUCAUUGAAGACCCCAAAUUUGCUUGGCUUAAAGAACUUGGAUUAUCUGCGCAAAACAAGGGUGUAUAUUACGGUGUUUGGGGAGGCGAGGGUGAGGAGACAACUUCGUAUUGUCCUGCAAAUAACCAACCAAUAGCAAAAGUUAUUCAGGGAAAUGCUGCUGACUAUGAGAAGGCAAUCACUGCAACCAAAGAAGCAUGGAAAGUAUGGGCCGAUGUUCCAGGUCCGAAGAGAGGAGAGAUUGUGCGGCAGAUUGGAGAGGCAUUCCACAAAAACAUAAAUCUUCUUGGAAAGUUGCUGGCGAUGGAGAUGGGGAAGAUUGUGCCGGAGGGGGUGGGAGAGGUCCAGGAGUACAUCGACAUUGCUGACUAUGCCGUUGGACUCUCUCGAAUGUUUGCAGGACAUGUUUUCCCAUCAGAACGCCCUGGGCAUAUGCUGAUGGAGCAGUGGAACCCGCUAGGGGUCAUCGGGGUCAUCACAGCCUUCAACUUCCCCUGUGCAGUUUAUGGCUGGAACUCAUGCCUCGCCCUCAUCACUGGCAACACUGUGCUGUGGAAAGGUGCCCCUUCCACACCUCUGACGAGUGUAGCUAUGAUCAGGAUUGUAACGAAGGUAUUAGAGGACAACAACAUCCCUGGGUCGGUGUGCUCCUUGGUCUGUGGUGGUGCUGAUAUAGGGACGCUGAUAGCUAAAGAUGAGAGAGUGAACCUGGUGUCCUUCACUGGCAGCACACCAAUUGGGCAGAAGGUGUCUCUGAUGGUUCAGGAAAGAUUUGGCAAAUUUUUGUUGGAGCUUGGUGGAAACAAUGCAAUAAUAGAUGGAGUGUUGUAUGGGCCUCUACACAGUAAGCAGGGAGUGGCCCAGUACCAGCAGGCAGUGGCUGAUGCAGUGGCACAGGGAGGCAAGAUAGAGUGUGGAGGCAAGGUGAUCGAUCGUCCUGGCAACUUUGUGGAACCAACUAUCAUCAGUGGACUUUCCCAUGAUGCAGCAGUCGUUCAACGUGAAACAUUUGCCCCCAUUGUGUAUGCUCUCAAGUGUAAGAGUUUUGAGGAAGCUGUUGAAUGGAACAAUGAAGUGAAACAGGGACUCACCAGCAGCUUGUUCACGAGGAACCCCAACAAGAUCUUCAGGUGGAUUGGCCCCAAAGGAUCUGAUUGUGGCGUGGUCAAUGUUAACAUUCCUACCAGUGGGGCAGAAAUAGGAGGAGCUUUUGGUGGAGAGAAGCACACUGGCGGCGGACGUGAGUCUGGCAGUGACGCCUGGAAGCAGUACAUGCGGAGAUCAACAUGUACCAUCAACUACAGCACGGAGUUGCCUCUAGCUCAGGGAAUCAAGUUUGAGUAAACACAGAGUCCCAGAGAUGAUACUCAAGCAGGCAUUCCCAGCUGGGUGAAUCUCUCACUGAAGACACUGACAGAGUAUACACUACAAGUUGUGCCAAGCUCCACAGAUACCUGUCAAGCAACUUAUAGACCUGUAAUUUGACAUGAUAUGCAGACUGUUUCAGUAUUAACUGUUAUUGUAUAUGUGGACAGUGUUUCAUCCCGAGAUCUUGCUGCAUUUACUAAUAGUGCUAGUCUAAGGGAAUUAGGAUUUCUAGGUAUUGCUGAUGAAGACAGGACAGGUCGUUUUCAUUUGUUAUAUUUGCAUAUGCUUGAAUUAACAACUGCAGAUUUAUUUCCUUUGUAAAUAGUAUCUGUUGUUUCCUUUGGCCAAGUUGUACUGUUUAAAAUACUACAGUUGAUAUACAGAUUGACAGUAAUAAUGAUGCAUGCCUUCCUCUUUUGAGGGUGUGGUUUGGGUAUUCAUUCAUUCACCCUGUACAAUCUUAUAUGAACAUAAGUACCUUUUUAAGAUACAAAACGAUGGAAACAUUUACCCCAGAUUCAGAGUCUCAAUAGUGGCAUUAUAUCACUUUUGUGUUUUUGACUGAGUGCUAGUUGUUUGAUACAAAUAUUGUCAAAUAUGUACUACAUAUAUUUUACUCAAUAAAUGUGAGAUUUGA